UUCGGUCACACUAAGAGUUACAUAUGUUUAUUCAUAAAAAAGUAGAACUUUUAUAAAUAAAAGAAGAUUUGUGGCGAAUCGAGCCACAGGUUGAAGCCCUGUAGAAUAUAGAUAUAAAAGAUAUAGGAGUCGGACUUUGCCGGGGAGGAACCGAGAAUCGAGCACCAUGAACGGAAGCAGCGUUGCGGAGCCUCCGGAUUUCCAGGCGGCCACGGCAGCCGCGGCGGCAGCUGCAAGGGCCAGUAGCUCGGAGCAGGACGAGUGGAUCGUGAGCGAGUGCGGGUUCCUGGAUCCGGAGGUGCAGCGCACUAUGAGGAGCGGCAGUGCCGCCGAGGACAUCACCCAGUACCCGAUGCACGGCUGGGUGGACGUCACACGGGAGUUCCACGACGCCUGCGCCGAACUGCAGCCCGGCGAACUGGCCCAGGACAUGCUCUUCGGAUUGUUCGAGGCCAUGUCGGCCAUAGAGAUCAUGGAUCCCAAGAUGGACGUGGGCAUGGGCUUUGACAAGCAGGACCUGCCACCGCCCUCGUUUGAGGCAGCCAUUGCAACUGGCGCCAUCAAGCUGGACGAUCUCACGCCCUCCGAACUGAUUGGCAUUUAUGAUGCCUUGUUUUCCUGCCUGGUGUCCUGGCUGGAGGGCAACUCCAUGGACCAGGUGCUCUUCACCUGCCUCUACCUGCACGCUCCCUCGCAGAUCAAGGACAACGCGCUGCGCGUCUUCUGCACGGCCGUGCGCAAUCUCAUUGUAGUCAUCAAGAACAUCAUCGCCGUGGCCGCCGUCAACGAGGAGGAGGACUUCCAGCUGUACGGAAACUCCGCUCUUUUGGCCGCGGAAAAGGCCCAGCCUGCCGCUGUCUACAGUUCGCUCAAGGAUGUGGAGGACCAGCUUGUGCGGAAGUGCAAGAAGCUGACGGCCACGGAGGACUGGAUGGCCGUGGUGCACCGGCUGCGUUUUAUGCGCCACCUCUUCCAGGUCAUCUACCAUGUGGAGCAGAUGGCCAGCAACGACACCGUCGACGACAAGGUGGACAUCUACAAAAUCCUUCUUGUGGCCUCGGAAAUGUUGCCGGGCAUAAGGAACACCCUGGAUCGGGGAACCCAACCCGAGAAGGGCUCUGAAGCACCCAAUCCCAUGGGCUUCUCGCCACGCAUCCACGACCGCAGCCAACCGCCCGCCUUCCCGCGCAGCAUCAAGAUCAGGGAUCGUCCGGCCAGCUAUCAGUUUCUGGAGGAAAUGAUUUCCCGCUUUAAGUACGCCUGCAAAGUCACUAAGUAUAAGGAUUACUAUUCGGCGCUGAACUUUUUCAUCGAGUACAGCAAAAAGUCAGGCCAGUGCAUCCUGUCCAGAAGCGUGCUGCAGAGUCUGUUCAGCGCCAACAUGCGAAUGGCGCAUGGAAAGCUUCCCAUGAAGCAGUUCCUGCGGUACUCGGUGCAAAACUUUAACUCGCCACCAGUGUUAAACGCGAAGCAUGCAGUGGCCGCCGAUCCCAAGGUGCAACAGCACCUGGAGAACUUCUUCCGUUAUUGCAUCAACAUGAACACCUUCACCCAGUUCAUCCGUAUCUGCGGCUUCAAUCGCGCCAGGCAACGCGAUAAGCUGGCGCGCCUGAUCGAGAUCUUCGACCCCAUCCAAGUGGAUGCGGCGCGGCUUGACUCGAUGAUGAACCAACUGGCCAACGAGCGGGCGAUGGAGGGCAACGAGCCCUUGGCCACCGCCCUGCGGCACAGCACCCACUUCUCCACCUGGGUGCUGUACAACUGCUUCCGUGCAAUGCUGAUCUUCCUGAUGUCGGGCUUCGAACUGGAACUGUAUGCCGUGCACGAGUUCCUCUACAUCUACUGGUACCCGUACGAGUUCCUCAUUGGCUUCCUGGUCUCCGCCCUGACACGCACGGAGAACAUCCUGUUGGCCCAGGAGGAGUACGCUGAUCACCAGAGCAAGAUCCAGACGGGCGGCGGCGGAGCGUCCAAGAACCGCAAGGCCGCCAAGCCGAAAAAGAACAAGAAGCAGCAGCGACCCUACCGCGCCGAGAUCGUCUUCUACCACGCCCUCCUCAGCCUCUGCGGCGGAAUGUACAAGGCCAUGGGCGCCUUGACCAAAGACGGGCGCGUGCGCCUGCCGCUGUCCAAGUUCGACAACGAGGAGAUCCGCUACAAUCGCCGCUUCCUGCCCUUCGCCGCGCUCACUAGUCCGCCACCCGUCUCGUACGCGGAGUUCAAAAACAUCCGGGAGCACAUGAUGCGACCCAGCGUAGAGGAUCUGUACACCUAUGCGGCCAAGCACUUUGACCAGGCUCGCAAUGUUCUCGAAAGUAUUCAGAAUCCCGAUCAGGAGAUGCUGGACCUCCUGCAAAUAGCUCGGACAAACUUUGUGGUGAUGAAUGUGCUGGCCCGGGGCCACCAGAAGGAAGUGAAGCGCCAGCCGGAGUUUGACUUCUCCAAGCACAGCUACUUCCCAAUCAUCAAGCUGAAGUAGAUGUUCAUGUGUUCCGUAACUGACAAGAAUAAAAUUUAUAUGUAUGCAUUUUAA